AUGACAAAGUGCCUCGUGUCUGCACAGUUUGUACAGCGGCACCCAGUUAACCACUGGGUGCAGAGUACCAAGCCAUCCCGUGUGAAGCCCCGCCCUCCAGUUUGUCUCGGGGCCAGGUCAACCCUUAGCCCCGUGCCCCCCUCCCCCUCUGGAGUCAGGAUGGCCCACACCGGAGCCCCUCGCCUCCCCCUGCCCGCCCUGCUGCCCGUCAUCACACUGCUGCUAUCACUGCUGCUCACCAGCUCCCAGGCCUUAUCAGCACCUCGCUUCACUAAAGUUCCUGUGGACCAGAUCGGGGUCUCGGGGGGCGUGGUCUCCUUCGUGUGCCAAGCCACGGGCGACCCCAAGCCCAGGGUGAGCUGGAACAAGAAGGGCAAGAAGGUCAACUCCCAGCGCAUUGAGACAAUAGAGUUUGAUGAAGGAGCCGGUGCCGUGUUGAGAAUCCAGCCUCUCCGAGCGCCACGCGAUGAGAACAUCUACGAAUGUGUGGCUGAGAACAGCGAGGGCGAAAUCACUGUUAACGCCAAGCUGUCCAUCAUCCGAGAGGACCUGCUGCCUCAAGGGUUCCCCAACAUCGACAUGGGACCUCAGCUCAAAGUAGUGGAGCGAACCCGCACGGCCACCAUGCUCUGUGCGGCCAGCGGCAACCCUGACCCCGAGAUCACGUGGUACAAGGACUUCCUGCCCAUUGACCCUAGCGCCAGUAAUGGGCGAAUCAAACAGCUACGUUCAGGUGCUUUGCAGAUUGAAAACAGCGAGGAGACAGACCAGGGGAAGUACGAGUGCGUGGCUUCUAAUGUGGAAGGCGUGCGCUACUCGUCCCCUGCCAACCUUUAUGUGCGAGUCCGCCGGGUGCCGCCUCGUUUCUCCAUCCCACCCACCAGUCAGGAGAUUAUGCCUGGUGGCAGUGUGAACAUUACGUGCGUGGCAGUGGGAUCACCCAUGCCGUACGUCAAAUGGAUGCUUAACUCUGAGGACCUGACUCCGGAGGACGAGAUGCCUGUGGGCAGGAACGUUCUGGAACUGAGCAGUGUCCGAGAGUCAGCCAACUACACCUGUGUGGCCAUGAGCAGCCUGGGCAUCAUCGAGGCUGUGGCGCAGAUCACGGUCAAAUCUCUACCCAAGCCCCCAGGUACGCCCGUCGUCACCGAAACCACUGCCACCAGCGUCACCAUCACCUGGGACUCGGGAAACCCUGAUCCCGUCGCUUACUACAUAAUCCAGUACCGCGCCAAGUCCCCGGACAGCAAGUACGAGACGGUGGACGACAUCACCACCACGCGCUACAGCAUCGGCGGCCUCUAUCCCAACACUGAAUACGAGAUCCGGGUCUCCGCCGUCAACACCAUCGGCCAAGGUCCCCCCAGCGAGCCCGUAGAGACCAGGACGGGAGAGCAGGCCCCGGCCAGCCCGCCAAGGAACAUACAAGCUCAGAUUAUAUCCCAGAACACAAUGAUGGUUCGCUGGGAGGAGCCGGAGGAGCCGAACGGUCAAAUCAAAGGCUACAGAGUGUACUACACCAUGGAUGACUCGCAGCUCAUUCACCUGUGGCAGAUCCACAAUGUGCAGGACAGCAUCAUCACCACCAUACAGAGCCUGGUCCCCCAAGAGACAUACACCAUCAAAGUGCAGGCCUUUACCUCCGUCGGGGAUGGUCCCUUCUCAGAGCCCAUACACGUCAAAGUUCUACAAGGAGUCCCUGGUCAGCCGUCCAAGUUCCAGGUUGGUGCCGUGUCUGACACCAGCGUUGAACUGACCUGGGAACCAGCGUACGAGAAAGAAGGAAUCAUCAGCUACAAACUGCACUACAGAGAAGGAGGCACUGGAUCUCAGAUGGUGAAAACCUUUGGACCCACGUCUUCAUACGUCGUGGAAGGUCUUCGGGCCAACACAGACUACCACUUCUCCUUGGCAGCCAUCUCUAACAAAGGCAUUGGAGCUUUUACCAAUGACAUUACCCAGAAGACCUUGCAAGCCAAACCUUCUGCCCCCCCCCAAGACAUUAAGUGCAGCAGCUCCAGCUCCACCACGCUGCUGGUAAGUUGGCGCCCACCACCGGAGAAGAGUCAGAACGGGGAGUUGGCGGGAUAUAAGGUGCGCUACCAGGUGGUGGGCGGGGCCGAGGGCGGGGCUGCUGAGGACGGCGAGGUGCUGGAGGAAGCCCCUGUGUCUGCGGCCCAGGAGCAGGUCCUGCUGCAGCGACUGGACAAGUGGACCCAGUACAGCCUCAGCGUGGCGGCACUCACUGCGGUGGGGGCCGGGCCGGAGAGCGAGCCGCUGAUCUGCCGGACCGAUGAAGACGUUCCUGGAGCUCCUCCGAGGCGAGUUGAAGUGGAAGUCCUGAACUCCACUGCGUUAAAAGUCAUGUGGCGUUCUCUGAUUCCUGGGAAACAGCACGGUCAGAUCCGAGGCUACCAGGUCCACUACGUGCGUGUGGAGAACGGAGAGUCCCGCGGUCUGCCACUCAUCAAGGACGUGAUGCUAGCAGACGCCCAGUGGGAAAUGGACGAUACGGCUGAAUAUGAAAUGGUGAUUGGAGGCCUCAAACCCGACACCACUUACUCCAUCACCGUGGCGGCCUACACCACCAAAGGCGACGGGGCACGCAGCAAACCCAAACUCGUGGUGACCAAAGGGGCCGUGCCAGGGCCGCCGUAUCUGUCAGUGGCACAGAAUUCAGAGACGUCUGCUGUGGUUCGCUGGGACCCUCCAGACCUGACCAAUGGAAUGGACAUACAAGGUUACCGACUCCAAUUUGGACGGAAAGAUGUUGUACCUCUCGCCACAUUAGAAUUUGCUUCUCAAGAGCGAGAGUACCUAGUUGGCAAAAUACACAGAGGAGCAGCCUACGUAUUUAAAAUCUCAGCAAAGAGCAGGGGGGGCUUCGGGGACGAGACCGUAGUGGAACUUAAUGUCCCAGAGAAUUCACCAGGAGGGUACCCCCACAUAAAUGAGGGCUCAAACGUGACAUGCUGCUCGGUUCAAGUGUCCUGGUCCCCUCCAGUGCUGGCGGAGAGGAACGGGAUCAUCACUGAGUACACCUUGGCCUACAAAGAGGCUGGAACUGGAGAAGCAGCGAUAGAACGUCAUCUCCCUCCCAACCUGUCCACCUAUGUGCUCAACAGUCUCAAACCCGACUCGACAUAUGACGUGAAAAUACGUGCACACACCAGUGUAGGUCCAGGGCCCUUCAGCCCUCCUAUGCAGUAUCGGACGAUGGCCUUUGAUUCAACAGAUGUCCCGAAGAAUUUCACUGUCAAGUGGGCAACAAAGACCACUGUGGUGCUUUCAUGGAAGUUUUCUAACAGCAGAUCUCCGUACAAGUGCACAAUUGAGUACAACCGCCAAAAAAUGGACGUGGAUGCCAGACAGAUGAGGGUCCUAGUAACUAGCCUCAGGCCCAACAGCACUUAUGAGUUCAGGGUCACCUGCCAGGAGAGCGUGGACGGGGGUCCGAGACAUCGUGUUGUGGCCCGGACGGCUCCGCUGCUCCUCAAGAAGCCCAAGCUGGACAUCUAUGCAGAGCCAGACAACAUGCUAACUAUGCUAUUCCCACCUGUGGAGAGCAAGGAUGUCAAAAUAUACUAUGUGGUUGUGGUCCCUUUGAAACGCACUUCAGGAACGGUCAAAAACCUGAAGAAUCCAGAUGAGAUGGACAUUGAAGAGCUGCUGCGGGAGGUGACCAUGAAGCGGCGGUCGCGGCGUCAGUUGGCCCAACUUGACCAGAAUAAGCCGUACAUCACAGCUUGUUUCAGACAGCUGCCCCCCAGCUUCACCGUGGGCUCGGACCACCGUCACAGCAGCUGCGAGAACAAGCCUCUGGAGCCAGCGCAGGAGUAUGUCUUCUUUCUGUUGGCUGAACUCAACGCCACGUCUGGGAAAAUUUUUGCCACGAGCCCUUACACUGACACAGUAAUGACGCCUGAGUCUCACCAUAAUCCGCUCCCGGUGGAGACUGGAGGAGACGGGCUGAUCUGGGUGGUGGGUCCAGUCCUGGCUGUGGUCUUCAUCAUCUGCAUCGUCAUCGCUAUUCUUCUGUACAAAAACCGUAAAAGAAAGGAAUCCGAACCUCGAACUAAAUGUCUGCUGAACAACGCAGACAUCGCCCCGCACCAUCCCACGGACCCGGUGGAAAUGAGACGCAUUAACUUCCAGACGCCAGACUUUGGUCUAAGCAGUCCACAAAGUGAUGCAGAGUUGAAUGGUGAAAGGAUGAUGAACCACCCUCCCAUCCCCAUCUCGGAGCUGGCUGAACACACGGAGCUGCUCAAAGCCAACGACAACCUCAAACUCUCGCAGGAAUAUGAGGUAUUCAGUAGAAGUCAAGCCGUUAGCAGCCGUUUCAGUCGUAGCGUCGGACCGGAUCAUCACAGUCCCCGCUCCCUCACCACAGACCCCGCUCCCUCAUCACAGCCCAUGUUCCCUCAUCACAGCCCCCGCUCCCUCAUCACAGCCCCCGCUCCCUCAUCACAGCCCCCGCUCCCUCAUCACAGACCCCGCUCCCUCACCACAGACCCCGCUCCCUCACCACAGACCCCGCUCCCUCAUCACAGACCCCGCUCCCUCAUCACAGCCCCCGCUCCCUCAUCACAGCCCCCGCUCCCUCAUCACAGCCCCCGCUCCCUCAUCACAGCCCCCGCUCCCUCAUCACAGACCCCGCUCCCUCAUCACAGCCCCCGCUCCCUCAUCACAGACCCCGCUCCCUCAUCACAGCCCCCGCUCCCUCAUCACAGACCCCGCUCCCUCAUCACAGCCCCCGCUCCCUCAUCACAGCCCCCGCUCCCUCACCACAGACCCCGCUCCCUCAUCACAGCCCAUGUUCCCUCAUCACAGCCCCCGCUCCCUCAUCACAGCCCAUGUUCCCUCAUCACAGCCCCCGCUCCCUCACCACAGACCCCGCUCCCUCAUCACAGACCCCGCUCCCUCAUCACAGACCCCGCUCCCUCAUCACAGCCCCCGCUCCCUCACCACAGACCCCGCUCCCUCAUCACAGACCCCGCUCCCUCACCACAGACCCCGCUCCCUCAUCACAGACCCCGCUCCCUCAUCACAGCCCCCGCUCCCUCACCACAGACCCCGCUCCCUCAUCACAGACCCCGCUCCCUCAUCACAGACCCCGCUCCCUCAUCACAGACCCCGCUCCCUCAUCACAGACCCCGCUCCCUCAUCACAGACCCCGCUCCCUCACCACAGACCCCGCUCCCUCAUCACAGCCCCCGCUCCCUCACCACAGACCCCGGUCCCUCAUCACAGACCCCGGUCCCUCAUCACAGACCCCGCUCCCUCACCACAGACCCCGCUCCCUCAUCACAGACCCCGCUCCCUCAUCACAGACCCCGCUCCCUCACCACAGACCCCGCUCCCUCAUCACAGCCCAUGUUCCCUCAUCACAGCCCCCGCUCCCUCACCACAGACCCCGCUCCCUCAUCACAGACCCCGCUCCCUCACCACAUACCCCGCUCCCUCAUCACAGACCCCGCUCCCUCAUCACAGCCCCCGCUCCCUCACCACAGACCCCGCUCCCUCAUCACAGACCCCGCUCCCUCAUCACAGCCCCCGCUCCCUCAUCACAGACCCCGCUCCCUCACCACAGACCCCGCUCCCUCAUCACAGCCCAUGUUCCCUCAUCACAGCCCCCGCUCCCUCACCACAGACCCCGCUCCCUCAUCACAGACCCCGCUCCCUCAUCACAGCCCCCGCUCCCUCAUCACAGCCCCCGCUCCCUCAUCACAGCCCCCGCUCCCUCAUCACAGACCCCGCUCCCUCACCACAGCCCCCGCUCCCUCAUCACAGCCCCGCUCCCUCAUCACAGACCCCGCUCCCUCACCACAGACCCCGCUCCCUCAUCACAGACCCCGCUCCCUCAUCACAGACCCCGCUCCCUCAUCACAGACCCCGCUCCCUCAUCACAGACCCCGCUCCCUCAUCACAGACCCCGCUCCCUCAUCACAGACCCCGCUCCCUCACCACAGACCCCGCUCCCUCAUCACAGCCCCCGCUCCCUCACCACAGACCCCGGUCCCUCAUCACAGACCCCGCUCCCUCACCACAGACCCCGCUCCCUCAUCACAGACCCCGCUCCCUCACCACAGACCCCGCUCCCUCAUCACAGCCCAUGUUCCCUCAUCACAGCCCCCGCUCCCUCACCACAGACCCCGCUCCCUCAUCACAGACCCCGCUCCCUCAUCACAGACCCCGCUCCCUCAUCACAGCCCCCGCUCCCUCACCACAGACCCCGCUCCCUCAUCACAGACCCCGGUCCCUCAUCACAGCCCCCGCUCCCUCAUCACAGACCCCGCUCCCUCACCACAGACCCCGCUCCCUCACCACAGCCCCCGCUCCCUCACCACAGACCCCGCUCCCUCAUCACAGACCCCGCUCCCUCAUCACAGCCCCCGCUCCCUCACCACAGACCCCGCUCCCUCAUCACAGCCCAUGUUCCCUCAUCACAGACCCCGCUCCCUCACCACAUACCCCGCUCCCUCAUCACAGACCCCGCUCCCUCAUCACAGCCCCCGCUCCCUCACCACAGACCCCGCUCCCUCAUCACAGACCCCGCUCCCUCACCACAGACCCCGCUCCCUCAUCACAGCCCCCGCUCCCUCACCACAGACCCCGUCCCUCAUCACAGACCCCGCUCCCUCACCACAGACCCCGCUCCCUCAUCACAGACCCCGCUCCCUCACCACAGACCCCGCUCCCUCAUCACAGCCCAUGUUCCCUCAUCACAGCCCCCGCUCCCUCACCACAGACCCCGCUCCCUCAUCACAGACCCCGCUCCCUCAUCACAGACCCCGCUCCCUCAUCACAGCCCCCGCUCCCUCACCACAGACCCCGCUCCCUCAUCACAGACCCCGCUCCCUCAUCACAGCCCCCGCUCCCUCAUCACAGACCCCGCUCCCUCACCACAGACCCCGCUCCCUCACCACAGCCCCCGCUCCCCUCACCACAGACCCCGCUCCCUCAUCACAGACCCCGCUCCCUCAUCACAGCCCCCGCUCCCUCACCACAGACCCCGCUCCCUCAUCACAGCCCAUACCCCGCUCCCUCAUCACAGCCCCCGCUCCCUCACCACAGACCCCGCUCCCUCAUCACAGACCCCGCUCCCUCAUCACAGCCCCGCUCCCUCAUCACAGCCCGCCCUCACACAGCCCCGCUCCCUCACACAGCCCCCGCUCCCUCAUCACAGACCCCGCUCCCUCAUCACAGCCCCGCUCCCUCAUCACAGCCCCCGCUCCCUCACCACAGACCCCGCUCCCUCAUCACAGACCCCGCUCCCUCAUCACAGACCCCGCUCCCUCAUCACAGCCCCGCUCCCUCACCACAGACCCCGCUCCCUCAUCACAGACCCCGCUCCCUCAUCACAGACCCCGCUCCCUCAUCACAGACCCCGCUCCCCUCACCACAGACCCCGCUCCCUCACCACAGCCCCCGCUCCCUCACCACAGACCCCGCUCCCUCAUCACAGACCCCGCUCCCUCAUCACAGCCCCCGCUCCCUCACCACAGACCCCGCUCCCUCAUCACAGCCCAUGUUCCCUCAUCACAGACCCCGCUCCCUCACCACAUACCCCGCUCCCUCACCACAGACCCCGCUCCCUCAUCACAGACCCCGCUCCCUCAUCACAGCCCCCGCUCCCUCACCACAGACCCCGCUCCCUCAUCACAGCCCAUGUUCCCUCAUCACAGACCCCGCUCCCUCACCACAUACCCCGCUCCCUCAUCACAGACCCCGCUCCCUCAUCACAGCCCCCGCUCCCUCACCACAGACCCCGCUCCCUCAUCACAGACCCCGCUCCCUCAUCACAGCCCCCGCUCCCUCAUCACAGACCCCGCUCCCUCACCACAGCCCCCGCUCCCUCAUCACAGACCCCGCUCCCUCAUCACAGCCCCAAGCUCCCUCAUCACAGACCCCGCUCCCUCAUCACAGACCCCGCUCCCUCAUCACAGCCCCGUUCCCUCAUCACAGCCCCCGCUCCUCACACAGACCCGCUCCCUCAUCACAGACCCCGCUCCCUCAUCACAGCCCCCGCUCCCUCAUCACAGCCCCUCGCCCGUCCCUCAUCACAGCCCCGCUCCCUCAUCACAGCCCCGCUCCCUCACCACAGCCCCGCUCCCUCAUCACAGCCCCCGCUCCCUCAUCACAGACCCCGCUCCCUCAUCACAGACCCCGCUCCCUCAUCACAGCCCCGCUCCCUCAUCACAGCCCCGCUCCCUCACCACAGACCCCGCUCCCUCAUCACAGACCCCGCUCCCUCAUCACAGACCCCGCUCCCUCAUCACAGACCCCGCUCCCUCACCACAGCCCCGCUCCCUCAUCACAGACCCCGCUCCCUCACAGCCCCGCUCCCUCAUCACCCUCAGCCCCGCUCCCUCAUCACAGACCCGCUCCCUCAUCACAGCCCGCUCCCUCAUCACAGCCCCGCUCCCUCAUCACAGCCCCGCUCCCUCAUCACAGCCCCGCUCCCUCAUCACAGCCCCCGCUCCUCACAUAGACCCGCUCUCUCAUCACAGACCCCGCUCCCUCAUCACAGCCCCCGCUCCCUCAUCACAGCCCCCGCUCCCUCAUCACAGCCCCGCUCCCUCAUCACAGACCCCGCUCCCUCACACAGACCCCGCUCCCUCAUCACAGACCCCGCUCCCUCAUCACAGACCCCGCUCCCUCAUCACAGACCCCGCUCCCUCAUCACAGACCCCGCUCCCUCACCACAGACCCCGCUCCCUCAUCACAGCCCCGCUCCCUCACCACAGACCCCGGUCCCUCACCACAGACCCCGCUCCCUCAUCACAGACCCCGCUCCCUCACCACAGACCCCGCUCCCUCAUCACAGACCCCGCUCCUCAUCACAGACCCCGCUCCCUCACCACAGACCCCGCUCCCUCAUCACAGACCCCGCUCCCUCAUCACAGACCCCGCUCCCUCACCACAGACCCCGCUCCCUCAUCACAGCCCAUGUUCCCUCAUCACAGCCCCCGCUCCCUCACCACAGACCCCGCUCCCUCAUCACAGACCCCGCUCCCUCAUCACAGCCCCCGCUCCCUCACCACAGACCCCGCUCCCUCAUCACAGCCCAUGUUCCCUCAUCACAGACCCCGCUCCCUCACCACAUACCCCGCUCCCUCAUCACAGACCCCGCUCCCUCAUCACAGCCCCCGCUCCCUCACCACAGACCCCGCUCCCUCAUCACAGCCCAUGUUCCCUCAUCACAGCCCCCGCUCCCUCACCACAGACCCCGCUCCCUCAUCACAGACCCCGCUCCCUCAUCACAGCCCCCGCUCCCUCAUCACAGCCCCCGCUCCCUCAUCACAGACCCCGCUCCCUCAUCACAGACCCCGCUCCCUCAUCACAGACCCCGCUCCCUCACCACAGCCCCCGCUCCCUCACCACAGCCCCCGCUCCCUCAUCACAGACCCCGCUCCCUCACCACAGACCCCGCUCCCUCAUCACAGACCCCGCUCCCUCAUCACAGCCCCCGCUCCCUCACCACAGACCCCGCUCCCUCAUCACAGACCCCGCUCCAAGCACCACAGACCCCCGCUCCCUCAUCACAGACCCCGCUCCCUCACCACAGCCCCCGCUCCCUCACCACAGCCCCCGCUCCCUCAUCACAGCCCCCGCUCCCUCAUCACAGACCCCGCUCCCUCAUCACAGACCCCGCUCCCUCACCACAGACCCCGCUCCCUCAUCACAGACCCCGCUCCCUCAUCACAGCCCCCGCUCCCUCAUCACAGCCCCCGCUCCCUCAUCACAGACCCCGCUCCCUCAUCACAGACCCCGCUCCCUCACCACAGACCCCGCUCCCUCACCACAGACCCCGCUCCCUCAUCACAGACCCCGCUCCCUCACCACAGACCCCGCUCCCUCAUCACAGACCCCGCUCCCUCAUCACAGCCCAUGUUCCCUCAUCACAGCCCCCGCUCCCUCACCACAGACCCCGCUCCCUCAUCACAGACCCCGCUCCCUCACCACAGACCCCGCUCCCUCACCACAGACCCCGCUCCCUCAUCACAGCCCCCGCUCCCUCAUCACAGACCCCGCUCCCUCAUCACAGACCCCGCUCCCUCAUCACAGACCCCGCUCCCUCACCACAGACCCCGCUCCCUCAUCACAGACCCCGCUCCCUCAUCACAGCCCCCGCUCCCUCAUCACAGCCCCCGCUCCCUCACCACAGACCCCGCUCCCUCACCACAGACCCCGCUCCCUCACCACAGCCCCCGCUCCCUCAUCACAGACCCCGCUCCCUCAUCACAGACCCCGCUCCCUCAUCACAGCCCCCGCUCCCUCAUCACAGCCCAUGUUCCCUCACCACAGACCCCGCUCCCUCACCACAGACCCCGCUCCCUCAUCACAGCCCCCGCUCCCUCAUCACAGACCCCGCUCCCUCAUCACAGACCCCGCUCCCUCAUCAUCACAGACCCCGCUCCCUCACCACAGACCCCGCUCCCUCAUCACAGACCCCGCUCCCUCAUCACAGCCCCCGCUCCCUCAUCACAGACCCCGCUCCCUCACCACAGACCCCGCUCCCUCACCACAGACCCCGCUCCCUCACCACAGCCCCCGCUCCCUCAUCACAGACCCCGCUCCCUCAUCACAGACCCCGCUCCCUCAUCACAGACCCCGCUCCCUCACCACAGACCCCGCUCCCUCAUCACAGACCCCGCUCCCUCAUCACAGCCCCCGCUCCCUCAUCACAGCCCCCGCUCCCUCAUCACAGACCCCGCUCCCUCAUCACAGACCCCGCUCCCUCACCACAGACCCCGCUCCCUCACCACAGACCCCGCUCCCUCAUCACAGACCCCGCUCCCUCACCACAGCCCCCGCUCCCUCAUCACAGACCCCGCUCCCUCAUCACAGCCCCCGCUCCCUCAUCACAGCCCAUGUUCCCUCAUCACAGCCCCCGCUCCCUCACCACAGACCCCGCUCCCUCAUCACAGACCCCGCUCCCUCACCACAGACCCCGCUCCCUCACCACAGACCCCGCUCCCUCAUCACAGACCCCGCUCCCUCAUCACAGACCCCGCUCCCUCAUCACAGCCCCCGCUCCCUCAUCACAGACCCCGCUCCCUCAUCACAGCCCAGAGAGAAAUUGAUGCAUUAUUGGAGCAAAUUGAAAAUGCGUCCCGGUCAGAGUAG